UCAAAAGAAAGAUCAGCAUAUGCCCUAAAGCUUAAAUGGUAUAAAAGGUGGGUCCUAUACAAACCUCUCAUGAACUGAUCUCUUCAUUCUUCUUGCUAAAUUCUCUCUCAUAAGAAAACUUCAAGAUCUUGUGUUCCUGACCUAAAUUACUAAGAUUGAUCAGCUAGCAAUUCUUAAUCAGUGGUCGGUUUUGCGUGUGUGUAUACACACAUUUAUAUGUAUAUGUAUGAGGAGGAAAGGAACAAUAUUGCCAAUAAUCAAGAAAGACUGAGAUUGGAGAUGGCCUUUCCACAGCAUGGAUUCAUGUUUCAGCAACUCCAUGAAGACAAUACUCAUCACUUACCUUCCCCUACCUCUCUCCCUUCUUGCCCUCCACACCUCUUUUAUGGAGGAGGAAACUACAUGAUGAACAGAUCGAUGUCGUUCACGGGAGUAUCAGAUCACCAUCAUCUAACUCAAAAAAGUCCGACCACGACGAACAUGCAUGAUCAGGACCAGGUGGGCGAGGAAGACAAUCUAUCAGAUGAUGGGUCCCAUAUGAUGUUAGGAGAGAAGAAGAAGAGGCUCAGUUUAGAGCAAGUUAUGGCAUUAGAGAAGAGCUUCGAGCUAGGGAACAAGCUAGAGCCAGAGAGGAAGAUGCAGCUUGCUAAGGCUUUAGGGUUGCAGCCUAGGCAGAUUGCGAUAUGGUUCCAGAACAGGAGAGCUAGGUGGAAGACAAAGCAGCUCGAAAGAGACUACGAUUCUCUGAAGAAACAGUUCGAUGUUUUGAAAUCGGACAAUGAUUCUCUUCUAGCCAACAACGAGAAACUCCACGCUGAGUUAGUGGCAUUGAAGAAACAAGACCGUCAAGAAUCAGCAAAGAUCAAGAGAGAAAUAGCAGAAGCGUCAUGGAGCAACAAUGAAAGCACAGAAAAUGAUAAUAACAAUUCAGAUAUAAAUCAUGUGAACAUGAUCAAAGAUCUUUUCCCUUCUUCAAUCCGAUCCGCAACUACGACCACGACCUCGGCCCAUACUGAUCAUCAGAUGGUUCAAGAUCAAGGAUUCUGCAAUAUGUUCAGUAGUAUUGAUGAAACGACGUCGGGUAGUUAUUGGACAUGGCCUGACCAGCAGCAGCAACAUCACAAUCAUCAUCAUCAUUUCAACUGAUUCUAUUGUACUCCAAGAGGAACAUCAUAAUCCUGAUCAACAUCAUCAUCAUACUCAUGUUGAUAUCAUUAUCAUCUUCAAAAGAAAUUUCAUAGA